GCCUCAUAGUUCUCAGGCCACUCUUCAUGCCACACUGAAACUUGCUGACAGAAAGUCGACAAACUGGAGGCCGAACGCUCAUCAAAAAGUGUGAUAUUUAUGGGAUUAAAGACAUAAAUCGAUGUGCCCCGUCGGGGGGAUUUUGCAUUGUUCACCCCCUAAUGGUGGCUGCACGAUAGCUACCUCGGGCAAAGUUCGUGCAGGCUUCACUCCACUUCACUACCGCUACACUACGCUCCACCUACCCGAACUUCGGGACGGUGAACCAGUUCGGAUAUACCGAGUGACAAAGGAUUCUUGCUACUUUACCUCAAAGCACAAAGUAGAUAAAUUUGUUUCUAUUCUAACAAGAGAACUGUUGUUUCUGGCAUGCCAAACCCAUCUAGACUGCUGAAAUCUGUAAUUCCGGAUUGCUGUGUACAUAUACAACAAAUACCGAGCUUCAAAUGGCAACAGGUUACAAGAUUCCUCGAAGUCAUUAGCAUCAGCUUUAAUUGGAGAGAUAUCUGAGAGUUCCUGGGACUUACAGCCAAUUUAGCCAAAGCCCGUGUAUGUGUCCAGAGUGUUCGUACAUUGAAGCAACAGGGAAUUAUGGCUCUCUGUAGGAAUCGGAAGGUUUGCAGGGUUGUCAGUGCAGUCAUUGUCAUCACUUUCCUCGGAGGCUGCUUCAUGGCGAUUUCCAACCUCAUGACGGUGGAUUCUGACGGGGAGAUAGAGGCUGCCCGAAAUGUUGUGCAAUAUGUCAAGAAAGAGGGCACCCUUCAAAGAGACGAGAGUCAUGAUUACAAUGUCAGAGAGCACCUGAAGGGUCAUUCUGACAAAGAACAGUCUCUGCAGGAGAAGAGUAAGAUCUUACAGAUUCAUGAGGUUGUUGCCAAAGGCAAGAACAAAACGCACAGAUCCGGCGAGGCUGUCAAACUACUUGAGACAUUAGCUAAGAAGGAAAAUACAGCCAACAGAACUGAUGCCAAGAUCUCGGCCAUAAACCAGGAGCAGAAUUUAGCCUGGGAUGAUCCUGCCACGUGGCCCCCUCCAAACUACAACCUUCAUGCAUUCUAUUACCCGUGGUAUGGCACCCCGGGGUUUGAUGGUACGUACCUCCACUGGAAUCACCCGCUCCUCCCACACUGGGACAAGAAUGAGGCAAAGAAUUGGCCCUCCGGCAGUUGGAAACCUCCCGGGGAGAUUGGAGCCAACUUCUAUCCCCAGCUAGGACCCUAUAGCUCCCGGGACCCUGCUGUCAUUGAGGACCACAUGAAGCAGUUAAGACUAGCAGGCAUAGGGGUGAUAUCGAUGUCGUGGUAUCCAGCAGGCCUAGCAGACGAUCAAGGGAAACCUAUUGAUGAUAUGAUGCCUACGUAUCUCAACAUAGCUCACAAAUAUGGGAUCAAGAUAACCUUUCACAGUGAACCAUACAAAGGUCGAUCCGAGGUCACAUUUCGUGAUGAUGUCAGGUACAUCAUCGAUAACUAUGGCUCCCACCCAGCUUUCUAUCGCUACAAGUUUAAAGGUCGACAUUUACCAAUGUUCUACGUAUACGACUCGUAUCAUACCAGUUCUUCGAGCUGGGCGCGGCUCUUCGGCAUCAAUGACGAACUGAGUGUGAGAAACUCUAUAUACGAUGGAAUUUUCCUUGGUUUGUACCUGGAUGCGCAGCAUCGAUCCGAUAUCCUGGAAAGUUUAUUUGAUGGCUUCUACACCUAUUUCGCAAGUAGUGGUUUCACGUACGGUUCCCGCUGGAAGAACUGGAAACUUCUCGCGGACUUUGCACAAAAGCGCAACCUUCUGUUUGUUCCGAGUGUCGGACCGGGAUACGUAGACACACGGAUUAGACCGUGGAAUGACAUGAAUACAAAACAUCGUGCUAACGGCGACUACUAUGAAAGGUCCUUGCAAGCUGCGACAAAAGUCAAACCAGACAUCAUCUCUGUGACUUCCUUUAAUGAGUGGCACGAAGGGACACAGAUAGAAAGAGCUGUACCAAAGAAGUUGACAAACUUUACUUAUCUGGAUUACGGUCCAGAUGGUCCUAAUAAAUAUCUUUUGCUGACACAGAAGUGGUCCAAGACUUUCAAAGGAAAAGGCUGAUGGUAUUAUCUUAAUAAUAAACAGGCUCCACAGUAUUUAAGUAACUGCUUGAAUCUGUAUACACCAACUAGAGCACUUAGAUCGGCCAGUGAUCACCCUCGCCUCACAUAUUCAUUAACUCGUACAUUAGCUGGUGACAGAACUUUUACGGUGUCGGCUUCAAAAUCCUGGAACGACCUGCCACUAAUAAUUAGACAGUCUCCAACAUAAGCAAUUUUCAAAAAGUCAUUAAAAACUCAUCUCUCUCGUACUUUGUAGUUUUUAAAAUAUUACAUUUAAUUAAUUCAUUGUAAGCGCUUUGGGCCUAAUGGGAAAAGGGCAGUACAAAUAACAAGUAAUAAUGAUAAUAAUAAUAAUAAUCUUACGUUUUCUCCUAAUACCGUUUGUCUCAACAAGAGUGAGAAUUCAAAUCAGAAUGUAAUACGGUAAGGAGUUUAUUCAGAUAAUUGAUCUGCACAGAACCUAUGCAGGUCUCUUAGUUUCAGAAUCUUCCCUCAUAUUUUGUAAAGCUCACUCUUCCCCAGUCCAGGUCUGGAGACAGCUUGUUAUCAAGGGGCAAAUUAAAGGGUCACAUAGCAAUAAAAAAUGAAAUGCACCGCAAUGCAACUCCUAAAAUCAAAUGCGUUGAUUUUCAACCAAUCAGAGCAGACAUUUCACGACAAGUGAUUUUGUGUGUGUGUGUGUUCAAAAGCAUUCCCGCAGCAAUAGAUCCUGGAUCAUUCUAAAUAUAAGGUUCUAUUUGAUCCGAGAGGCUAGGGGAUGAAGCUUUCCACACAAGCAGGUGCAUAGUGCCAUCAUUUUCAACGUAAACCUGUAAACAUGAUGAUUUUUAAAGCAGCCCACCUCAUAUUUUUCAUGUUAUUGUAAGAUUUCCUGUGAGCUGAAAAUAUUAAUUCCACAGCUUAUCUGUUUACAGUACCAUGAUGGUUAUUUACCUGAUUGCAUUAAGAAUAGUUUGAAUGCACCUUACCAUACACAUCAGUCUAUGCCGCCUCAUUUAAUAGGAAUACUUUUUAAUAGCAUUUUUUCACGUAGAUCAACAUACUCGGUUAUCCCAUUUUAUGUAAUCUGAUAUGAGAUCAGAAGAAAUAAAAGGCAAAAAUACACUGAGUGUUUAGAAUGCAGAUUAAUAGCAUAGUAGCGUUAAUACAUCCAUUUCACUUGAAUCAGAAUUGCGGAUUUGGAGUGUCGACUAGGAUCGACAGAAACAAACAAGCAUUGGCAGCAGUCAUCUUCCGUGGCAGGGGGAAAGGUCAAGGCUUAACCUUGCAAAAAUCAAACUCUGAAGUCCUAAAUUAUGUUUGUGAAAUAUUCCCCUUGUGACGAGAAACAGGCAUUUCUGAACAGUUGGGAUAGUGUUGCUUGUAUACCUGUAUCUGAUUGCUAUUCUUGACACACGGACUGACAGUCGAUACAUUUUUUUGCAUGCAGAAUCAAUAACGAUUGCCUAUUCCAACCAGUAAAAUACCAAGAAGACCAAGUCUAUUCAAAGACAGUAAACAGUAAAAUACAAAUACUACCUAAUUCAGAUUAAAAAACAAAUCUUCAUGCAAUAUUGUAAAAUCAAUUAAGGUGCUGCAAUUCAAAUGUACAGGUAACAUGAAGGGGAAGUCCAAUUGAUGUCAGGUUUUGAAAAACAGAAAACGGAAAAAAAAAAAAAAAAAGUACCUAUGGAUUUUUGGAGAAAAUUAUAUGGUUUUAAUUUGUGAUGUCACAUGUGACCAAGUCCUUGUACAGUAUAUACAUUGUGUCAUUCGUGUGACAUACACUCUACGUACACUAUGAUCUCAUAGAUUAUUGCAUUAUUAAUAUUUUCAGUUGUAAACCUCUAGAAAAUUGGACUUAAUUUAAAUUAUAUCUCGUGACAUUUGGGACAGCUGCUCGGAGUGCUCGCGUGUAUGUUGUAUGUGGCAUCACUCUUUACUCUUUAUUACUAAACUAAAGGGAUUUUUCUCAGAUGUUCUUUAUCAUGUUUCACUGAUAGUUCUGCUUGAUGAUGAUGAUGAUGGUGGGUGAUGAUGAUUAUGAUGAUGAUGAUCAAAAGCUUUUAUAUUGCACCAUAUUUCUGUUUAUGAAAAUCAUAGGGAUGUUUGGAAUAAAAUUAAACUUGGUAUCCUUUCCUGGAAUGUAUUCCCCUUUUGUAGGUGGCUAACAGGUGGCUAACAGGUUCUAAUUAUUAAGGUGCAAUGAAUUAUUUGGACAGCCAUGUACAAUCUGUAUAUAUUUUAGAUUAUAGCAAGCACACCAAUGCAUGCUGUAAAAUGGCAUUUUUUUUCUGAAGUAGGAUGUAAUUGGUGUUAUUGAUCGACAUGAACAUAGUGAUCUUUCAUACUUAUUUUUAUUUAUGUGUGUGUUUUUACCAUGAAAUGUGAUGAAUUUGUAAAUAUAUAUUGCUUUUUUGAAAUGUUGACGAUACUGUGCAGUACUUUGACAAGAAGGAAUGUACUCCUUUACAAUGCAUAAUUUGACAUACAUAUGAAAUACUCUCUGUGUAAUAUCAUAUUUCAAUACAUUUUAUCUCUUUAAAUAAUAGGAGAUGGUUUAAUUGCAUAUUUAUAUCAUAAAGUAAAAUUUGCCAAAUUUCAAAGGUUAACAUGUACAGUAAGCAUGGAUAAUUUGUCCUUCCAUUUAAAUGUC